AUGUCAUUAAUAAAAAAUCGAUGUUGUUGUGUUACUAUGAUAGCUGUUUUAAGUUUAAUUCUUCUGGCAACAAUAUUAGGAGUCGUUAUUAUGCUUGGUAUGUAUUCAGAAAUGUUAAUUUAAUAAAUUAAUUCAAAAGUUAGUCUUAUAAAAAUUAAUUUUUCUUAACAUCAGUAAUAUAUAUAUGCAUGAAAAGCAUUAUUCACAUAAAUCCCAUGGAGUAAAAUAUUCAAGGAAACGGACUGCGUAACGCGUUUCUGCGAUUGGAGCAUGCGUUUCGCAGCGUUUUUUCAAUAUAGAACGCGUUUCACAGCAUUCUUACUUCGACAGAAUGCCUUUUGCUGCUGUCGUUUUUUGAAACAAUCUGAAACGCGUUUUCCAAGAUUGCGUUUCGUAGCGUUUCCGAAGUAAAAUAAUGUCGAACGCAUUUCGGUCGAUAGGU